GUCAGCUGAACUACCUGGGCUCCAGUCACCAGGUGUGGCACCUGCUGCUGGUUCUCAUGUUUUAUUGGUGGCACCAGUCGUCCUGUUUCAUCAUGGCGUACAGACACAGCCAGCCCUGCCCAAACGCGCCCCAACAUGCCUGAUACGCACUCUGCUCCUCGCGCUGUCUGACAGUCGGCGAUUGGCUGCAGAGUUUCCCAUCAUGCACUGAUGUAGCACUCCGUGAUCUCUCUGAGCGUUUCUCUCUCUCUCUCCGCUGCUCGAGGCUUCGGUCCACCUGAGGAUCUGACCUCUGACCUGCAGGCUGAGCGGGAACACUGUCGACUGUUCUUCAGACUCUGAACACUGAAAGUCUGCAGAGCGACAGACGUCAUAAUCAGCUGCAGGGUUUGAUCAGCUGACGCAUCAUGACGCUCUUCUUCUUAAAUCAGCUGAACGUAAAUGUGUCUGAAACACUAAACAGUUUUUAAUGUUUAUAAAUAUUUAAGUCCCUCCUCA